GAAGAAUCAUUUCAUUUGUUCUUUUAAAUUAGGGUUACUCUGCGAAUCGCAUUCUCUCCUUGAAACCCUAAAUUAGGGUUACUCUGCAAAUCGCUUCUCCUUAACAAAAUGGGAAAUUUUGAUAUGCUGCCAUUCGAAAUUACAUUAGAAUUUUUAUCUCGUGUACCAGCCGAAACGAUUCUCGAGCGCAAAUUGGUUUCUAAAGCGUGGAGAAAUGUUGUUCAACAUCCAUCCUUCUCACAAAGGCACUUGGAUCGUCUCAAUGAACUUGAUUCUGAUGAUUCUUCAGGUAAUUUGAGUUUGAUUUUGUAUACAACAUGGUCUGGUGAAGAAGAAUUAGAACCGUUUUACUAUACUGAGUAUGAUGAGCAUUUAAAUCGUUUUACUAGAACAACAAGGAUCAAUGUAAGACCUCCAUUUGAAAAAUAUGAUAUCCUUCACUCAUGUAAUGGUUUAAUCUGUUUCUAUGCAUUCCAUGACCAUGAGAAGCUUUAUCCACAACCUGCUUACAUCUGUAAUCCAAUCACCAGGGAGUAUAUUGUGCUUCCAAUAGUUAAACGAAAAGGCUUUCUAAGUGGAUUUGGUUGCAGUCCUUCAACCAAUGAGUACAAAGCUGUUAGAAUCUGUAAUGACAGGGGAGACCCAAAUUAUGGAAUUAUUCAGGUAUAUACUCUUGGCAGUGGCUUUGAAUGGAGAAAUGGUAGAAAAAUGGACUAUGAUGUGAUAUGUUUUUCUCCACGUGGUGUCUUUGCGAAUGGAGCUAUUCAUUGGGUGGACAACUUCAAAGGAACCGUUGUUGCCUUUGAUUUGGCUGAUGAGGAGUUUCGAGAACUUCCAUCACUACCUCAUACUGUUGGUGGUGUUGAACUACGGGCUUUAAGGGGGUUUUAUGUGCUUGUCAUCACAAUGCUCAAAUGUCUGACAUAUGGGUUUUAAAGAAGCAUAAAAAUAAUCCUGAUGUGAUUUGGAGUAAAGAGUUUAGUAAUAUCAAUGGAAAACUAAUCACCUUUACAAAGACUAGUGGGCUUCUAUGUUACGCUCAUCGUGAGAAAAAUGUUUAUCGGUAUGCUCCAAAAGCUUCAUCUUCCCGAAUGCUUGUGAACGUUGGAAAUGAUUUUAAUUUUGGAGUCCUUCACAAGAACACCUUAGUGUCAUUGAAAGCAUUAGGGAAAGAAAAUACGAAACUAAUGGAUUCAAAUGAAAGAGCAAGAUCUGGUGGGGAACAAGAAAGCAGUGAUCAUUCUUCAAUGGAAAAGAAGGAAGAAAAAGAUCUCUGAAUGAAUAUUAACCGGUUGCUGAAUUUGCCAGCAUUCUUCCCAUAUUUCUUCUUAUUUAUUGUGGCGUUCCUUGCGUCUAUCUUCAUCGUCAAUUUGCAGGUUGCUGACAACUACUCCAGAAAUAAUUUGAAGAAUAGAUCACUUGCAAAAUUGGUAAUUAGUAAUUACAGAAGCCCAGGGUCGCGUGUCUGGCAUUAAGAAGAGGAACAAGCCGUCUUUUGUAUGUUGCAGAGACAAAGAAUCGAUCAAUGAACUAUUGUAACUAGGACUCUGAUCCAAUCUUACAAGACCAUGUUUUAUAUGUCAAGUGUCCCCAAGAAUUACAAGUUGAAUUCAUUAGAUGUAUUUGAUGUCUAUCUACGAGGCUUCCAACUUGAUCCCUUC